GUCAUUUUAAUGCCUGUCACUCAUUUCCUUUUUAGUUUUUCCAUUUCCAUAAACUUUGUCGUCUCACUUCUGUUAUUCAGUUUCUGUGUCCGUCAAACAAACCCUCCUCAGGCCGCCCAAUUUUCCGCCGUUGCUCCUCUGGUUUCCAGCCAAUUGGCCAAAUUCUUUCAACCCAACAAAAAGGAAAAAAAUAGUUUCCAACUUCUUCUUCCUUUUUUUUUUUAUUCCCACCCCAUUUCCAGCUUCCUCGUCCUCUUCCUUCAUCACUAAUUUUCUUGUUUGUCCGCAGAGAAAACUCUCUCCCCCGCCCCCCCACUUCUUUCCCAAAGGGAAAUUUCUCGUCUUUUCUUCUGCAUUAGCUUCUGGGAUUUCUCCAUAUUCGACUGAGUCCUCUUUUCUCUUCCCCCUCCACUUGAAAAAGUAGAGUCUUUCUGCUCAUUUGAGUGAUUUCUCUUCUGGGUUCUGCAGAAAUCCUCGAUUGCGAGAUGUACCAGAAAAGGGAGCUCCCUUUAGAUUUUCAGCACCACAUCCCAAUUUUGCGGCCCAGCAUCCAUUCAAGGAGGGCCAACAUAACAGUGAAGUUCCAGGACCUUUAUGGUUUCACCGUAGAAGGCAAUGUCGACGAUGCUAAUGUGAUGAAUGAAGUGAGAGAGAAAGUGAGGGAGCAAGGGAGGGUUUGGUGGGAGUUGGAAGCUAGCAAAGGUGCUAAUUGGUACUUGCAGCCCCAGGUUUUGUCGUUAGGUGAUGGGAUUGCUUUGAAAACUUCCCUCAAAUUGUCUGCCAUAACCAAUUCAAUUGCGCUCAAGAGGCUUAUCAGGAAGGGAAUCCCUCCUGUGCUGAGGCCUAAGGUUUGGUUCUCGCUAUCUGGUGCUGCCAAGAAGAAGUCCACUGUGCCUAACAGCUAUUACAAUGAAUUGCUUGUUGCUGUUGAAGGGAAGACUACUGCUGCAACUAGGCAGAUUGAUCAUGACCUGCCGCGCACUUUUCCUGGCCACCCAUGGCUGGACACUCCAGAAGGCCAUGCUGCUCUUCGUCGUGUUCUCGUUGGAUACUCCUUCCGGGAUUCAGAUGUUGGUUAUUGCCAGGGUCUAAACUACGUAGCGGCUUUGUUGUUGCUCGUGAUGAAAACCGAGGAAGAUGCAUUCUGGAUGCUGGCUGUCCUCUUAGAAAACGUCUUGGUUAGUGACUGCUACACAAACAACUUGUCGGGGUGUCAUGUUGAACAAAGAGUGUUCAAGGAUUUGCUAGCCAAACAAUGCCCAAGGAUAGCUGCUCACUUGGACUCAUUGGAGUUUGAUGUCUCACUCGUGGCUACCGAAUGGUUCUUAUGCCUCUUCUCCAAGAGCUUACCAUCAGAGACAACAUUGCGAGUAUGGGAUGUGCUUUUCUAUGAGGGAGCUAAAGUUUUGUUCCAUGUAGCAUUGGCCAUAUUCAAGAUGAAGGAAGAGGAGUUGCUCCUGACACACCAUGUUGGCGAUGUGAUCAACAUAUUGCAGAGGACUACCCACCAUCUCUUCGAUCCAGAUGAGCUACUCACAGUGGCGUUCGACAAGGUGGGUUCCAUGACGACAAACACCAUAUCGAAACAACGGAAGAAACAAGAACCAGCAGUGAUGGCAGAGCUAGACGAGAGACUGAGGAGACUAAACACACUAAAAAUGGGUGACAAAUAGCACGACGCCCCUUGCACUGUUGUAAUAUCUCGACUGUGUACCUUUUAACUGUUUGCAUAUAUACAUAGAUAUGAAGAGAGGAAGUGAAAGUCCUGGAAACGGACAGUUGAUUGUUUGUGAAGAAAGUCUCAAACUUGUGUGCCCUUCUCUACUCUCUCUCUCUCUCUCUAAAAGGGAAGGAGGCCCAUGGAAAAGGGGUGAAAGAGAGUUUCUGACUGCUGGUUUGGUUCAUUUACCAGGAUGGAAGUGGAGUGAUGAAAGUUGUAAAUUGGUGGUGGAGAUUGUGAGAAAUGGAGUUGAAAGAAUCUUGGUUGGUGGUGUUAAAAUUAGCUUUAUUUACUCUGCCUAAGCCCCAAUCCACUUUUAUUCUUUUUAUUAUUAUGCUGACAACAAUGGCUAACUCUUAUACCCUCUGACAGAGCAUAGAUUUCUCAGU